GUACCUGCUGGAGAAAGGCGCCGACCCGAACAUCCCAGAUAAGUGUGGGCGCACGGCGCUGAUGCACGCGGUGGCGGGGGGGGCGGGGCCGGACGUGGUGCUGCUGCUGCUGCAGAACGGUGCCGACCCGAGCCUGAAGGACUACGCCGGCGCCUCGGCGCUGGUGCACGCCCUCGACACGGGCGACCGUGCGGCGUUGCAGGCGCUGCUGGACGCAUGCAAGUCCCGGGGCCAGGAGGUCAUCAUCAUCACCAGCGACACCUCGCCGUCCGGCACCAAGAAGACCCGCCAGUACCUCAACUCCCCGCCCUCGCCCUCCGCCGCCGAGAGGCCACCGCCGCCGCCGCCGUGCAUGUCGCCGUCCGACGUGAAGAUCGGCACCGAGUCGCCGGCGCCAGCGAAACACCAGGACGGGGCCGAUAACUUUAGCUUUGCGGUCAGCUCGGCGUUACCGCCGCCGUCGGCUCGACCGCCGCCGCGGAAGCUCCUGAAGCGUCUGAACUCGGAGCCCUGGGGCCUGGUGGCUCCAUCGGUGCUGACCGGCGUCACGCUGGAGUGGGGUUCCGGACUUAGCCAGACCAUCGGCGCCAGUCAGAACCAGACCAUUGGUACCGGACUGAGCCAGACCACUGGACUGAGCCAGACCAUCGCCGAGAUUAACGGUCUCUCCAUCGCCGAGCUGCCGGGGAGGCCUCUGUUGUCACGGCGACACAGCAUUGAGACGCACGACCCCUGCUCGCCCCUCAUGGACCGGUCGGGGUCCGAGGACUACGCCUCCCUCGCUGGUGCCUCCUGGGCCGACAAGCAGCACCAGAUCCUGUACCGCAGGAACACGGCACCGGAGACGCAGGAGAACGCCGCCACCCGCCUCACGCACCCCAAGCUGACCCGCAUGGAGCACUACGAGUCGGACACGCACCUCGGACCAGACUCCAUCCCCGGGUCCCCGGACUCUGGACGCAUGUCUGUGGAGCGCAAGAGGUACAAUGCGUCCCCGCUGUGCCUGCUGCCCGGCUCGUCUCGGGAGUCUCUGGAGAACAUCCCGGCCUCGGUGUCGCCCCUCGCCAUGCGGCGGCGUCCCCCGGGGCUGCUGGAGCGCCGUGGCUCCGGGACGCUCCUGUUGGACCACAUCUCCCACACGCGGCCGGGCUUCCUGCCGCCGCUCAACAUCAACCCGCAGAGACCAAUCCCUGACAUCCGCGCCUCGCCCAGCCACGCCGCCACAGGCGGAAAGAUCCUGGUCCCGGUGGCACCCGCCUCGCCCAAGCGUGGCCCCGACUUCAAGACAAAGAAGAAGCUGAUGCGGAGACACUCGAUGCAGACGGAGCAGAUGAAGCAGCUCUCCACCUUCCAGGAAGUCCUCGCCGAGAAGGUCAGCGAGGACUGUUGACACAGGAGCAGCAAAGCAUCAUGGGUAGCUGCAGAGAAUUUUAGGGCUAGGGUCAUUUGCUGGAGCAAAGCAUCAUGGGUAGCUGCAGAGACUUUCAGGGUUAGGGUUAUUUGCUGGAGCAAAGCAUCAUGGGUAGCUGCAGAGACCUUCUCCAAAAUGGC